CGACCUAAUUAGCCCUUUCUAGCAGCAAAACUAAGUCAUGUUGCUACAAGUUUCGUAAUUAAGAAAUAUAUAAAUCUUGACAACUCCCUCACUUUUACUCUUCAAAUUCCAACAGCUUUAAGAACAAUUACAUCACCUUCUAUAUACAUCUCUCUUAUCAUAAAGAAACAACCAACACUAUUACCAUUACAAGAAUAAUCACCAGCCAACUGAUAGCCCAUUAAGUUCAAGGGUAGCAGCUUCCUCUCCAUCUCGAACAAUAUCAACCAUCAACUUACUUUUCUUCUUCUUCUUUUUUAUUUAAAAACUCGACUAUAAUGGCCUCUAAAGACUCUCUUCUAUUUACGCCUCUAAAGUUUGGCAAGGUAGAGCUUGGCCACCGAGUUGUAUUAUCGGCUCUUACACGACUCCGUGCGGAUAAGAAUCAUGUCGCCACAGACCUCAUGAAGGAGUAUUAUCUUCAGCGUACUUCCAUACCAGGCGGUCUUAUCAUCGCUGAGUCCGCCUCAAUCGCUAAGCACCAGGGCGGUAUGUCAUACACUUCAGCUAUAUGGGGCGAGGAACACGUCCAAGGCUGGAAACCUAUCGUCGAUGCGGUUCACGACAAAGGCGGCUUUAUGUAUCUUCAGCUUAUGGCCUUUGGAAGGGCUGCUCAACGUUCAGCUGCUGAAGAGGAUGGAUUUAAGAUUAAAGCUCCUAGUGCCAUUCCUUUUGAGGGAAGUGAGACGCCAGAAGAGAUGACCAUCGAAGAUAUUAAGAGCACAGUUCAAGAUUACGUCCAAGCAGCCAAGAAUGCCAUGCGCGCUGGGUUCGACGGCGUUGAGCUCUACGCUGCCAAUGGCUACCUCCUCGAUCAGUUCAUUCAAGACGUGAGCAACCAGCGAACUGAUGAGUAUGGCGGCAGCAUCGAGAACAGAAAUCGCUUAAUUGUAGAUGUCGUCCAAGCAGUCGCCGAUACUGUUGGGGCAGAACGUGUGGGAAUCAAGCUGAGCCCAUGGUCUGACUUCCAGGGCAUGCGAAUGGAAAAUCCCAUUCCACAGUUCACCGAUCUUAUUAAAAAGAUCAAUAACAUUGGAAUUGGCUAUCUGAACCUCAUUGAGUCUCGGGUCUCGGGAAUCGAUUACACGGAUGGCACAGAGAAGCUGGACUGGGCAUGGGCAGUCUGGGACAAGGCCAUUAUUGCAACAGGAGGCUAUCUGCCUGAGACGGCGCUGGAACUGGUUGAGAAGCACCCGGACAGGGAUAUUGUCGUCGCCUUCGGAAGGCGAUACGUCUCGAACCCUGACCUGCCAUUCCGUAUCCAGAGAGGUCUUGAGCUCAACCCGUAUGACCGCAGUUCAUUCUACAAAGUGGGCGCUCCUGACGGACUCAUUGACUAUCCGUUUAGCGAGGAGUAUUUGGCGUUGCAGAAAAACUGACGAUGGAUAGGAUAGAAGAGUAAAAAACGUCUUGUAGCAUAAUAGAAUGUCAUUAACUUGCUGAUGCUUGGUUGUGGCUUUACCAAUCUCUCAAUUGAAUGUAUCAAAUAAUCCAAACUGCCCUGGGGUAUCGUAAAACAGAAAAAACAAACGCCUAUGCUAUGCUCCAAAUCCAUAUUGUCCAUCUGAGGAUCCAACUUCACACGCCAUCCAAAGACUUCGCCGCUGCACCCAGCCCUGCCAGGAUAACGACCAUGCCUAUGGAACCAACCACAUCGCGAUGAGCAUGAGCUGCAUUUCUUUUUGACUUCGCCGCUGCCUCCGACCCUGUCAGAUUA